GGGCACUGAUCCGCAGGACGAUCUGAAGCCUCAGGACAGGACGUACAUAGGAGCGCAGCUGAGGGACGGAAACUUGGGCGUGAGUUUCCAGUUUGGCAACAUCACUGACGGCUGUACGUCGACGGCGCGAGGCUCAACGACGAAAACAAACACCUCAUUCAAGUGACAAGAAACGUUACUCUCCUAGAAGUGAAGAUCAACGGCACCGAGCACUUCCGCAAGACGAUCAGCGCCACGGGAGACUUGAACGUAAUCGUUAUCUACCUGGGCGUACUACCGCAAGUGUCUAGAUACAUUCGCCAGGCCGUCAGUAGCAGGCAAUUAGAGAAGGAACAGGCGCCGCAAAUUAACUUCAAGGGCAUCUAGGAUGUGAAGAUAUCGAACGACACGACAAUAAUCGUCUUUGAGUUUUUUCCGCCGAAGACGUCGGACAUUCCCAUGCUCAUUCAGUUCGGCAACGUCACCUUUGACCACGAGAAGAUUCUUGAGGGCGUCGUGUAGGAUGACGUGUGCGUCAGUAGUCAGUGUAAUCACAACGGCAUGUGUCACUUAUCAUGGAACGACUUCUGGUGUCAGUGUCCGCGUGGCUACAGCGGCAUAACUUGUCAGGCAAUGGAGUUCUGCCAGCUGCAGGAUUGUCCGGCAGGCUUGCGCUGCCAGAACCUCGACGACGGUUACGAGUGCAUCGCCAACGCGACCUUCGACGGUGUUUCUACCGCCUUCACGUACGUGUACGGUCACACCGAGGACGUCAUGAGCAUCAGCAAUUCAACCCUCCACUUCAUCGAGAUCACGUACAGAUCCAACACCGACGGUACGCUGCUUCACGUGGCAUCGCACGUAGGCGAUCAACAUUUCACCGUGUCCGUCUUCAAAGACAAUGUCACCGUGUCUUGGCAGCUCGAUUUGGAAAACCAGGGCACUGUAUCCUUCGACAAAGCUCAGCCCGACGGCAUUUGGACUUUGCUGCUCAUCAAGCUGAACAACUCUUUGGAGUGCGGCUACGUGAAUCCGGUCGAAGAGCAGCCUCGCUCGAGCGCCAACUUCAACUACUAGCUGUGGCACGAUCUCCUGGUAACAGGAAUAGUCACUCUCGGUGGACUUUCCAGUGCUUUAUUCGACAAGCACA